AUGUCAGACUCAUGGCAAGAUCUGUCUUAUCGAAGCCAGAAUGCUUCAGAAAACGCUUCAGAAAACGCUUUGGAGAACGCGUCAGAUUCAAUUGAACAGGAUUCAAAUGAAGAACAAGAUGAUUCCAAACAACUGGGCGGGUAUUCAAUGUAUCAACAAGGAAUUAGAGAUAUGGAAACAUUGGGAUUGGUUGAUGUGGGCUCAUUGGCGUCGUGGACAGCAUCAUCAGAGAAACAAGAUAACGAAGUUAUGAAGUUAAGAGAUGAAUCACCAGACACUUAUUGGCAAUCAGAUGGAGUUCAACCACAUUACAUUGAUAUUCAUUUCGCUAAAAAAGUUAGUAUUUCCAAGAUCUCCAUAUAUAUUGAUUAUGCGCUGGAUGAAUCUUAUACACCUUCCAAGAUCACUGUGUUGGCUGGUAAUGGGUUUCAUGAUUUGAUGGAAGUGACUGGUAUAGAAUUAAAUGAACCUGAAGGUUGGGUCCAUUUAGGGUUCCCUACAGAGGUUGAUCAAGGUCAGAUCUUAAGAACUUUCUUGGUUAGAGUACUGAUUGUGGCUAAUCAUCAACAUGGGAAAGAUACACAUGUUCGUGCAAUCAAAAUCUAUUCCAAAGCCACUACAUACGAUGUUGGGAAUACAUUGUUGGGUGCAUUCACUAGCAAAAGACUAGCUAUGGAAUCAGUGAUACGAUGA